GCUGGAUAGUUCGACCGCAAAACCUCCUCAUCUCCCUCCUCGUCCUCCUGCUCCUGCUCCUCCUCCUCCCCCUUCCCCUCGUCCUCCCCCUCAAUUGUUCCAUCCCUCCCUCUCCUGGUCCCCCUCCUCCCCCUCCGCUUUUGCAGCCAUUUCGACUCGAGCCAGUCCGGGCUGGAGAUUUUGAUAGCACCUCGAGCCUUCCAGUCGCAGAGGGGGAGGGGCGUGCGCCGAGAUGGCGAAUUUCAUGAAGCCGGAGUCGGCCCUGCUGAAAGCCGAGGCCUUCAUCGAUGUGCAAAAGAAGCACGAUGCCCUGGAGGUGCUCCACCAGGCCAUUCAGCACCGCAAGCUGAAGAGCCAGUGGACCCCCACCAGCGAGCUCAUCAUGGUUAAGCACCUCGAGCUCUGCGUGGAGCUGCAGAAGAUGCGGAUCGCCCGGGAGGGACUGUACCAGUAUCGCACCAUGUGCCAGGCCGCGAACAUUAGCUCACUCGAGAAUGUCGUCAAGAAGUUUCGGAUGGCUGCCGAGGAGAAGGUCAACGAGGCAAAGCGUCAGAAGGACAUCAAGAUGGCUGAGCUAGGGGACUUUGACGAGAUGGAGUCUCCACAGACGAUUCUCCUGCGAUCCAUUCAGCAGGGCGACACGCGCCAGCAGAGUCAGGACCGCGAUGUCCACGUGCACUUCCGGUUUCUCUGGGACACGUACAAGUUGAUCCUUGACGUGCUCAAGUCUGGCAACCGCCUGGAGGAUGUGUACCACGAGACCUCCCAGCACGCCAUGGAGUUCUGUCGCGCGAACGAGCGCCCCCAGGAGUUCAAACGCCUUUGCGAGACCCUCCGGAAGAAUUUUGCCGAUCUCCACAAGCACGGCGUUUCUGGAAAGGCCGCCCAGACUCAGGUGAACCCGUCGAACCCUGACACGGUGCUCCGGACGCUGGAUACACGGACCAAGCAGCUGCAGAUUGCAACCGAACUGGAUUUGUGGCGCGAAUCCUACAACAUCGCCAAUGAGAUGUUCGAGCUCAUGGCCAAGGUUCCACGCGUCAAGCCACGCCUCCGCUCUCAGUACUACGAUUUCUUGGGCCAGAUUUUCUGGAAGGCCGAUAAUCACCUCUUCCACGCCUUCGCAUGCCUGAAGAAUCUGAACAUCACCAAGGCUGGCAAGCAGGACCUCAGCAAGGAAGAGUUGAGCCUGCUCGCGUCCAAGGCGGUGCUCAGCACGCUGUGCGUGCCCUUCCAGAAGGGAGGAGAGAUGCAGAUGCAGUCCCUCGAGCUCACGACCGAAGGUGCGUCCUCGCCGCACGAGAAGGCAAAAAAGCACGCCGUCCUUUUUCACUCCCAGACGGUGCCCACGCGCGAGUCUAUCUCCUCCCAGUUGGUGGAAAAAGGCUUGCUCUCGCUGGCGCUGCAGCCCUGCAGGGACCUCUUUGACCUCAUCGAAUCGGACUUCACCCCGCUAUCCUUGUGCCAGGACGCAAAGCCCUUGCUGGACCAGGUGUCAGAGUUACUGGACGGCAAGUUGGAGCAGUACAUCGUGCCCUUGAAGCAAAUCAUCUUCUUCCGGCUGAUGAAGCAGCUGUCCGACGUCUAUGCCAGCAUGACCAUCGAGAAUUUCGAGAAGGCAGCCUCCAUCGUCUCGUUCAGCAUUGCGGAGAAGUGGAUGGCCAACGCCUCCCGACAGCACGGAAUCAAUAUCCAGAUCAACUACAGCGACAAGGCCAUCGUCUUCGGUUCCCCUCGCAAGGCUGAUAUGAAGAGUAUGCGUCAGCCGCUGAUCGAGGUCGGCUACAAGCUGCAGCAGGCAAUGGUGAGGGUGGCCCCCGAGGAGCAGCACAAGAAGGAGAAGCUGGAGAAGCAACAGCUUGAGAAGACCAUUGUGCGGCGGAUAGAGGAGGAGACCAAGCUCAUCCGCCAGCGCAAGGAGGAGAUCGAGCGGCGCAAGGAGGACAGCGAGAAGCGAAAGCAGGAGCAGCUCCGGAAGGACAUGGAGAAGCAGCGGGAGCAGGAGGAGCGCGAGGCCGCCCUGGAGCGUGCCCGCCUGCAGCAGGAGCGCGAGCAGCGCGAGCGCGAGCGGGAGCAGCAGAAGAAGAGGGACGCGGAACGCGAGAAGAACAAGGAGAUGCUCGAGGAGAUGAAGAAGCAGGCCGAGCAGAACAAUACGAACCUGAAGAUCAACGUGUCUGGCGGGGGCAGCAAGAAGAUCACUGAGGUCCACGCCGAAGACCUGGAGAAGAUCUCCGUCGCGGACAUCGAGAGGGCCCGCGAGGCGCAGGUGCUGCGCGAGCGCCAGGAGAAGAUCCGCCAGCGCAAGCUGGAGAGCAAGCGGGUUGACCACCUGGCCCGUGCCUUGCGGGAGCAGGAGCUACCCUACCUGGACGACUGGGCCUACGACGUCGAGGAGCAGGACCGCGCAUUCCUCGAGGUGGCCGAGGAGAGGUGCGCGGAGCAGCAGAGGAAGAAGCACGCGGAGGACCUCAAGGAAAAGGCCUUGAUGAUGGUCUUCGAGAAGGCGAAGGAGGCAUGGGCGGCCGAGCUGCUCGAGGCCCGCGAGGAGGAGUACUUCGAGAAGGUGAAGGAGCGAGAGCGGCGGCUGGAGCAGAAGGUAGUAGACCUGAAGAUCGCCAACGCCAAGAAGCGGUUCCAGGAGUACGAGAAGGAGAUGGAGGAGGAGAGGGCGAGGAAGAAGCGCGAGCAGGAGGAGGAGGAGCGCAAGGAGGAGGAGCGCAAGGCCAAGAUCAGGCGCGAGCGGGAGGCACAGGAGCGCCUCGAGCGCGAGGAGGAGGAGAGGAGGGAGCGCGAGGAGCAGGAGGAGGAGGCGAGGAAGCAGAAGGAGGAGGACAGGAAGAGGCGCGAGGAGGAGCGGAAGGCCCAGGCCGAGGCCGCAGACCGGGCCCUGGAGAAGCGCCUCGCGAGGGAGCGCGAGAUCGAGGAGCGCCAGGCGAAGGGUGGCGAGCGGGAGCCCGACCGGCGGCCCGCCGCGCGCAGGGAGGAGGAGGGGGACGGCUGGCGCCGCGGGGGCGACCGCGACCGUGGCGACCGCGAGGAGCCCAAGGGCGGGGCCUGGCGCAGCGGCACGGCCGGCGACCGCGACGGCUGGCGGAAGCGCGGCGAGGAUCGGACGACCGCGCCGGCGACCGCGACCGCGGCGGCGGCCGCGACGACGACGCGGGGGCCUGGCGCCGGGGCCCGGCGCCCGGCGCCAAGGACGAGGGCAGGCCCGCGGUGGCCCGGCCGGCCGCGGGCGGGUGGCGCGACCGCCUGCAGGAGAAGGACCAGCGCGAGCGGGACGGCGAGCGGGAGCCCGACCGUCGCGCCCCCGCGCGCAAGGAGGACGACGACGGGGACACUUGGCGACGCGGGGGCGACCGCGAGCGCGAUCCGCCGAGGCGGGAGGAGCCGCGCUCGACGAAGGGCGACGAGGGCGGCGGCUGGCGGCGCGACCGCGAGGAGCCGAGGCGCGAGGAGCCCAGGGCCGAGAGGGCCUCUGCCUGGGGGCGCGGCAAGGAUGCCGAGGAUCGCGCCGGCGAGGGCCCCCGCCGCUCGCCCGGACAGGAACCGAGGGAUGAGCCAGAGGAGGAGGCUCCGCGCCGCAAGCCGCCGCCCGCGGCGGAGGAGGAGAAGGCCCCAGAGCCGGCAGGGCAGGAGGAGGACGACGACGGUUUCGCCAUGGUCACCAAGGGCAAGAAGAAGAAGCCCGCCGCCGCGGCGGGCGACGCCAGCGAGCGGCGCCCGACGCCGCCCUGGAAGAGGAAGCCCAAGUGAGGCGCCCCGGUUGCCGCCAGAAGUCCCGGAUCCGAACACCCCCUCCCAUGGGUGGUGCACCAGCGCUGCGAGCUCUGUGGAACAGGCGGAGCGUGCUUGGCGCCCACAUAGUGGCUAGGAGCGCCCAAACCGCGCGUGGUGUUGUUAUUUUUGCUUCCUAACUGGUGGGUGGCGGCAGGUUCCUUGUCUGCUCCUCAUUGUGUAUGCUCGAGCCGCGACUGGUGUCUGAUACGAGUGUCGUCGGUUGGUGGAGGUGUGACAUGCGAUUGCGUGACCCUUCUCUGCUGGAUGUUGAUGUCCUUUCUCCUCGCCCAGUCGUCGGCUUCGGCGUACGGCAUGCAGAGUCUGAUAGGAUCAGGCAUGUCGACCGCGACAGGAGGACUCUGGUGAAAUCCUUGCAGUACAGCUGUCCUGCGCGGAUAGGUUUCCACGAGCGCACUGCGGCGCCCAUUUUGUCGCAAGACCACGCGGCGCUCGUGAGGGUGCAGGCGUCACGCAACACAAUAUAUGCACACUUGCACUCUAGGUUAUGCUCUCCGCUCCUGGCUUGCAGGCUGCAGCUGCAGCUGCUCUAGCAUGCCCUGAUCAGUCCGCCUCGUGCAUUUUGGAUCAGUCGCGAGGUGGCCCCUUUCUUCAGCCUCCCCCAUCUCCUGGUCCUGAUCCCUCCUCCUUUUUAGCACGCAGCUCCUGGGAGGUCAAAGUCAGCAUCCGUGGUCGAAAGUUGGCCUAAUGCGGCACAUAAUCUUGUCUAAUUUGGCUCACCUUGUUAUCACUCCUGCGAAGAGCUCUCAGACGUUGCCUCAUAGCAUCUCCAGGCCCUCAUCCCUCUC